CGAGGAAGAUAUUUAAAGGCGUCGGCGCCACGCGCAUAUCCCUGCCCGGCGCUGCCCGCCCAGUUCCUGUUCCCAGACUGAGGCGCAGCCCCCUUCGCCCGUUUCCAUCACGAGUGCCGCCAGCAUGUCUGACAAACUGCCCUACAAAGUCGCCGACAUUGGCCUGGCUGCCUGGGGACGCAAGGCCCUGGACAUUGCUGAGAACGAGAUGCCGGGCCUGAUGCGUAUGCGGGAGCGGUACUCGGCCUCCAAGCCACUGAAGGGUGCCCGCAUCGCUGGCUGCCUGCACAUGACCGUGGAGACGGCCGUCCUCAUUGAGACCCUCGUCACCCUGGGUGCUGAGGUGCAGUGGUCCAGCUGCAACAUCUUCUCCACCCAGGACCAUGCGGCGGCUGCCAUUGCCAAGGCUGGCAUUCCGGUGUAUGCCUGGAAGGGCGAAACGGACGAGGAGUACCUGUGGUGCAUUGAGCAGACCCUGUACUUCAAGGACGGGCCCCUCAACAUGAUUCUGGACGACGGGGGCGACCUCACCAACCUCAUCCACACCAAGUACCCGCAGCUCCUGCCAGGCAUCCGAGGCAUCUCUGAGGAGACAACGACUGGGGUCCACAACCUCUACAAGAUGAUGGCCAAUGGGAUCCUUAAGGUGCCUGCCAUCAAUGUCAAUGACUCCGUCACCAAGAGCAAGUUUGACAACCUCUAUGGCUGCCGGGAGUCCCUCAUAGAUGGCAUCAAGCGGGCCACAGAUGUGAUGAUUGCCGGCAAGGUAGCGGUGGUAGCAGGCUAUGGUGAUGUGGGCAAGGGCUGUGCCCAGGCCCUGCGGGGUUUCGGAGCCCGCGUCAUCAUCACUGAGAUUGACCCCAUCAAUGCACUGCAGGCUGCCAUGGAGGGCUAUGAGGUGACCACCAUGGAUGAGGCCUGUCAGGAGGGCAACAUCUUUGUCACCACCACAGGCUGUAUUGACAUCAUCCUUGGCCGGCACUUUGAGCAGAUGAAGGAUGAUGCCAUUGUGUGUAACAUUGGACACUUUGACGUGGAGAUCGAUGUCAAGUGGCUCAACGAGAACGCUGUGGAGAAGGUGAACAUCAAGCCACAGGUGGACCGGUAUCGGUUGAAGAAUGGGCGCCGCAUCAUCCUGCUGGCCGAGGGUCGGCUGGUCAACCUGGGUUGUGCCAUGGGCCACCCCAGCUUCGUGAUGAGUAACUCCUUCACCAACCAGGUGAUGGCACAGAUCGAGCUGUGGACCCAUCCAGACAAGUACCCCGUCGGGGUUCAUUUCCUGCCCAAGAAGCUGGAUGAGGCAGUGGCUGAAGCCCACCUGGGCAAGCUGAAUGUGAAGUUGACCAAGCUAACUGAGAAGCAAGCCCAGUACCUGGGCAUGUCCUGUGACGGCCCCUUCAAGCCGGAUCACUACCGCUACUGAGAGCCAGGUCUGCUAAUCUGUCACAUGUGUGACACUGACCGGGUACCCACAAUGAAAGAUGAUGUGUCUCCUGCUCCACCCCCAAUACCCCCACUCCUGAUAUCUGGGCUGCCCCCAUCAAAGCUUCACGGAGAAAGAAGGAAUUGGCCAAGGGUCCUGCAGUAUCCAGGCCUAGCCCUGGUUGGAUUUUUUCCAGGAAAGAGAUGGGAAGAUGAGGCCUGUGGUUGGUGGAAAGUGGCUGUUUAUGGAGCAGUGGACUGAACUUUGGAAAGAGGAGCCCUGAGUCUGCUGCUGACUCACUGUGUUCCCUGCAGGGACAGAAAUACCUACUUCAGAUGGCUGUCUUGACGCUUGAAUGAUAGAACAUUAGUGAGGAGUUUUUAUGCUGAGUUUUUUUUUUUUUGUUUUUGUUUUGAGACGGAGUCUUGCUCUGUCGCCCAGGCUGGAGUGCAGUGGCGCUAUCUUGGCUCACUGCAAGCUCCGCCUCCCAGGUUCACGCCAUUCUCCUGCCUCAGCCUCCUGAGUAGCUGGGACUACAGGCGCCCGUCUCCGUGCCUGGCUAAUUUUUUAUAUUUUUAGUAGAGAUGGGGUUUCACCGUGGUCUCGAUCUCCUGACCUCAUGAUCUGCCUGCUUUGGCCUCCCAAAGUGCUGGGAUUACAGGCAUGAGCCACUGUGUCUGGCCUUUAUGCUGAGUUUUAAGGGCUGUGUGAGACACCAGGUGGUGGGAGGAAGCUGUUUUGAGAGCAGGGAAUUUAGGAUACUUAGGAAAUUAGAAAAUUAGAGAAGUCAUAGGAUCUUGGAACUAAGGGAGAACCUUAGAGUCCUGUGGAGCAGAACCCAGCAUUUGUAUGUGGAGAAACGGAGGCCCAGAGAAGUUGUGACUUAUCCGGAUCACUCUGCAGGUCUGGGUGUCCCACCCGAGUCCAUGUCAGGGCUCUUUCUGCACACCAAGCCCCAUGCCCACCUCUGUGUGACUGGCUGUGGUGGGAGGGGCCUCCUAGGCUAGAGGUGCUGGGAUCCCUUUUCAGUCCAGAAAUAAUGAGCUUAGAGGGUCUGGAAGUAGCAUGGACUAAAACCCAGGAAGGAUCCACGGGGACUGUUGAUGCCAGUGAGGACUCCAGGAAGCCAGAUCACGGGGACUGUUGAUGCCAGUGAGGACUCCAGGAAGCCGCUGUCGGGACAGCCCUGCUUUGGGAGUCUGAGGUUCCAGGAAACCCCAGGAAUCCAGAUUCUCAUCCCUGAGACCUACUCAGGACUAGCCCAGGGGACCGAGCGAGGAAACCUGCUUGAGGUGGUAGAGGCAGCCAGGGGUGUGCAGUGGUCCGGGCGGGCUUCGAUCAGUUCCAGGUUGAUUGCUUCUCCAAACUGGCUCCAAGACAGGCAUGUGGCUCAAGUUGGUCUGGACUCAAUCCCGGGACUUUAGGACUUUUGCUAGAAAUCUGGUGUGGUGCAGGAGCGACUCCAGGAUUCACUCUGUGGGCUGCUUGGACUCAGACUCCCCCAGGACUAGAGGCUGCUUCUCCCUGGUGGGAGGAGUUACAACCUUGCAAGGGUUCUAAAGACCCCCGGGUGCUGGGUGGUGGGCUUUUCCUGACAACUUCCAUAAGUUAUUGGAACCUAAAUUCACACUGCUUAGCAUCGUAAUAGUCUGAUCAACCCUGCUCAGUGUUCUCAUACUUGCCCUAUUACCAGGGAGAGAAACAGAGGUGGGUGCCUCCCUGGAGUAUCCACCCACACUGUGUCCUGAAUGCCCCUCCUCAACCUGUCUCUCAUGGGGACCUGCACCUGCUUUUCCUACUAACUGCUGGCUUGUAUUUAUUCCCCUAAAGCCUGUUCCGUAACCCAGUGUGGUUCUUAGGCUUGAGCAAACCUCAGAAACACCUGGAGGGCUUAUCCCCAGUCCUGAUUCUGUAGGUCUGGGGUGAGGCCUUAUAGUGUGCAUUUUAACAACUUCCCCAGUGUUUCCCAAUGCUGCUGGUGCACACCAAGUGUAGAAUUUGCCUCUUUGCCUGUUGCACAGUAGGUGGAGGUGGCAACUGUAAAAGAGACCCAGCUAUCCUAAAAACAGAAAAGGUACUGUCUUCAGUGGGGCUUCCAGGAUUGGAAGGAAUGUGAGCCUGUAGCUGCUCCUUUGCGCCCACGAAGGCCAGCUUGCCUCAGGAUGAAGCCAACACAGACCGGGUGCAGCAGCUCACACCUGUAAUCCCAGCACUUUGGGAGGCCAAGGCGGGCAGAUCACCUGAGGUCAGGAGUUUGAGACCAGCCUGGCCAACAUAAUGAAACCCUAGCUCUACUAAAAAAAAAUAGAAUAAAAAAAAAUUAGCCAGGCAUGGUGAUGCACGCCUGUAAUCCCAGCUACUCAGGAGGCUGAGACAGGAAAAUCACUUGAACUGGGAGGUGGCAGUUAGAGUGAGUUGAGAUCACACACUACACUCCAGUCUGGGGGACAGAGCAAGGCCUCAUCUCAAAAAAAAAAAAAAAAAAAGGUAUGAAGCCAACACAAUUGAGAGAGAGUGACACAUUCCAGAGAAUAUUUGAGUAGCUGAAUCUAGACAUGUUUUACACUAACUGGAUCUAGCCCCUUUUUAGUGAAAUGAACCCCCCAGAAAGUUACUUUCUUUCCCUAAACCCAUCUCAAUAGGUUGCUGUCUGACAAUUCUGAGUCUCGCUGUAGUGGAGAAGACAUUGAAGACACCAGGUUAUAGAAAAACAACAGAGAAAAGAAAAUAGAGGGCCGGGUGUGGUGACUCACGCCUGUAAUCUCAGCACUUUGGGAGGCCGAGGCAGGCAGAUCACCUGAGGUCAGGAGUUCGAGACCAACCUGGCCAACGUGGUGAAACCCCGUCUC